AUGGCGGAAUCAGAUCUCGCCCCAAAGUUCGCCCCCUUCUUUGGAAUGGCUGGCAUUGCCUUCGCGAUGACUUUCGGAUGUAUCGGCGCCGCAUAUGGUACAGCAAAGUCUGGAAUAGGAAUUGCGGGUGUUGGUACCUUCAGACCCGACUUGAUUAUGAAAUCGCUCAUUCCUGUCGUUAUGUCCGGUAUCAUUGCCGUCUACUCUCUCGUCAUCGCCGUUCUGAUAGCAGGAGAUAUGGGCCCCCCUCCUGGUCAAAGUUACAGCUUAUUCAAUGGAUUCAUGCAUUUGGCAUGCGGUUUGUCGGUCGGUUUGACGGGCUUGGCCGCCGGUUAUACAAUUGGAAUAGUUGGUGAUAUGGGUGUUCGAUCAUACAUGCAACAAUCACGAAUCUUUGUUGGAAUGGUCUUGAUAUUGAUUUUCGGCGAAGUCUUGGGACUAUACGGUCUGAUCGUCGCUCUUAUUCUCAAUACUAAAAGCAGGGCUUAG